UCUAAAUUUAUUUCUCAUAGAUAGUAGUAUGCAACCAGUAGUUAACUGUUGAUGUUAUCGACAUCAUAAAUCGUCGUAAAACAACAAACAAAUCAUGCCGAGGACUAAAGUUAAGCUGACGCCUAAGCAUGUCUUACCCCACACAGAAUCUGGAUCAAAUGUCAGUCAACUCGAUUCCAGUGGAAAAAAUGGCUCCGGAUCCAACUCGACGCAAAAAAGUUCCAACGACGACGCCACCAUUAGGAAACUGCCUCCCAAAGGUCCACCCAGGAAUGAAGGGUACACGUCCCGAGAACAAAUGCUCAAACCUGCAAAGUCGCUCCAACGCCAUUCUCGAGAACAGGCUGCGUCACAAAUAGCGGAACAAAACAGAAGCAGAAAUUCUUCGGAAGAUUCCUUACGCGAUAGGAAAAAGUAUGACGCAGUUUCGAAUAAGAAAAAUCAGCAAAAGAAUACUUCUGCGACUUCAUUAUUAAAUCCAUACUGGGCUUUUAACCACAACCUAACACCGGAAAAGGUGUAUUCGAAAACUCUGGCUGGGUUAGGGAGACCAAUGUCCCGCGUGGCAUCAGCCUUCAUUGCAGACAUUAUUCCUCGUAAUGGCAAGAAAAAGUCACAGGUCAAAUUCACCGACGAUAAUUCCGAGAAUGACGAACAAAUCACUGAUGUCGAGGAGGAGGAAGUUGUUUGUCGAAAAGUUGAUAAGUGUAAAGAAUCUAGAAAGAAGGAGCCUUCCAUUACCGAGAUUAAUAGGUCAAGUCAAACUGAAUUUGGACAAAGACGCGAGAGUAAAAAUCGGGGAGUAGAACGCUCUUAUAGAGAAAAACAUAAGAAAAGCGUCAUUAAGAAUCCAAAAUCAACUGAAAGUUUGCAAAAGUCUUCGGCGUCAAAUAGUGAUGCAGAACCACCCGCAGAUCCUACAGUAAACCGUAACGAGAAAAUUAAGAGGCGUGCGGCAACGCCGUUUCACCCCAAGAUGGAGGACGCUGACGAGGUGUCCCAGGCCUCUGAGAAAGAAGACGACUCAAUUUCUACCUCCAGUCGUAAAUCGACAACCCAAUUACAAAUCACCGGAUUACCAUUGAGUUCCACCAUUGACGAUCUGAAGCAAGUUUUUCCUAAAGCAAGGGCUAUAAAGUUAACCCUCAUUCGUGACAACUUGAACAGAUAUAUGAGAAACGCCGUAGUCGAGUUUCGUAAUACCAACCACGCCAGAGAGGGUUACGAGCGAGCUAAAAACGUCCGUUUUGAAGAUUUAGAAGUCCAACUUGAUUUCAUAGCAGUAGAAGAACCAACUCCUAACGGAAAUGUCGAAGAAGAUCGCUCGGACGAGACAAUCGAAGAUUUACUACCACAAAAAAAGAUUGACAAAGAAUCCAUGGUUCGAGAAUGGAUUAAAAUUCAGAGUAAUUAUGCUCACAGCAUGAGAACGAAAAGUUAUACACGGAUCAAGGAAUAA